AUGUCUUCCAAGGACGGAUACUCAUGGACAGAGUCUCAAGGCCUCAAAGCCGGUGUUCCAACCAUCGGUGCAAUCAGUCCUCCUUCAAACCUCAAAGACACCAAUACGAAAUAUGAUGUUAUUGUCGUUGGAGCAGGAUAUUGUGGUCUCACCGCAGCUCGCGACGCAAGCAUUGCCAGUCUCAAAGUGCUUCUCAUCGAAGCCCGUGAUCGCAUCGGCGGUCGAUCAUGGUCCUCAAACAUAGAAGGCUACCCCUACGAAAUGGGCGGAACUUGGGUCCACUGGGGUCAAGCACACGUCUGGCGCGAAAUCCAACGGUACAACAUGCAGAAUGAACUUGAAGUCUCGUAUGAUUUCACUAGGGGAAUCAACAAGUAUCUUCUCGCUACGCCAGAAGGGACGCAACAGUUCACCCAUGAAGAAGAGGACGCACUCAUGCAAUCCGCCCUUCAUAAACUAGUCAACAUAGACGGCGCAUCAGGCCGCGAAGCAAUCAUCUUCCCUCACCAAGCCAAACUCGAUCCCAUCGCCACAAAAUACGACCGCAUGUCCAUCGCCGACCGCAUCGCGGAGAUCAAGAACGAUCUCACAUACAACGAACGUAUGGGUCUUGAAGCUUUUAUCUUACUCUGCAGUGGUGCCACGCUUGAGACGACCAGUUUCUACGAAUUCUUGCACUGGUGGGCUAUGUGCAAUUAUACUUAUGUCGGCUGUAUUGAGUAUCUCGCCAAGUACAAGUUCAAGGGCGGUCAAUCUAGCUUUGCGAUUAAUUUCUUCAAAGAAGCGCUGGCUACAGGGAAUUUGACAUACACUUUCAGUACACCUGUUGCCUCGGUGAGAAACUCCUCCGCUGGAGUGGAAGUUACAUCUCGCAACGGUCAGACCUUCAAAGCAUUAAAGAUGAUCAGCGCGAUGCCUCUAAACAUCCUCAACGACGUCAAAUUCGAUCCUCCGCUGACACCAGGGAAGAAAGCAGCUGCAGAUAUUGGACAUGUCAACCAGUGUAUUAAAGUCCACGCCGAAAUCUCGGAUAAAGAUCUGAGAUCGAUGACGGGUAUUAGUUAUCCGCACAAUAAGCUUUCUUAUGGCUUUGGGGACGGAACUACGCCAAAGGGAAACACGCAUAUCGUUGCUUUUGGGGGAGACUCGAAUCAUUUCCAUCCUGAGGAGAAUAUUCAGGUUACAAAGGAUGCCUUCCAUGGAUUUACGCCUAUGAAGAUUGAGCGAUUGGUUUUUCACAACUGGUCCAAAGAUGAAUUUGCAAAGGGCGCAUGGUUCUUUUCUCGACCUGGUCUAUUGAGCGAUCAUCUCAGCGACAUGAGAGCCAGCCAAGGAAACAUCAUCUUUGCUUGCUCAGACUGGGCUUUGGGAUGGCGUAGUUUUAUUGAUGGUGCUAUUGAAGAGGGAACACGCGCUGCUAUGACUCUUCGAUCUAGCUUGUCUGAGAGAAGCCAUCUCCCACAGCUUCGGAGAAGACGCAAAAUGGCGGUAGCAACUAAACCUCAAAAGUCUUCGACUUACCUCUUCAUCUACAACACCCUCUUCGCCCUCCUCCGCAUCGCUCUUCUCGCUAAAACAACAUCUCUCUUCAUCAAAUCCGGUAACAGCGCAGUCUGGACAAAUCUCAACGUCACAGCACGAUGGAUAGAAACACUGACCGUAAUGGAAAUUAUUCACGCAGCGACUGGCAUGGUUAGAGCUGCACCAGCUACCACAGCUCUCCAAGUCGCAGGACGAAACACCAUUGUUUGGGCAAUCACCCGGAAUUAUCCUGAAGUCGGCGCGAGAGAAAACGCGUAUAGUUUUAUGCUUAUUGCGUGGAAUGCUGCUGAUGCUGUGAGAUAUUUGUAUUUUACUUGUCAGACGGGUUUGGGAAGUGUGCCUGCUGGUUUAACAUGGUUGAGAUACAAUAUGUUCAUCAUUCUUUACCCCGUCGGUAUCCUUUCUGAGAUGAAGCUUGUUUACGAGGUCAUUGGACCUUCUCAGGCUCGUAACCCCAUGUAUCAGUAUUUGCUGUGGUUUGGAUUGGCGAUUUAUGCUCCUGCUUUCUAUGUGCUGUUUGGGCAUAUGCUUGCUCAGAGGGCCAAGUUGAACCGUGUCAAUUCGAAGAAAGCUUGA